AUGAACUCUGCCAAUUCAAAAUUGAUUGUUGUGGUAGGCGCAACUGGUGGGCAGGGCAACUCAGUAGUCGACGCAUUCCUCGAAGAUGAUGAGUACCGAGUACGAGGAGUCACCCGCAACACACAGAGUCCAAAAGCUCAGGCCCUAACGAAGAAGGGAGUCGAGAUGGUUGCGGGAGAUGCGCACAACGAGCAAAGCUUAUCGAGGGCUUUUGUCGGAGCAUACGCUAUUUUUUCCAUGACUGACUUUUUCGAGCCAUUUGCCAAAUCCGGUCCUCAAAAGGCUAUCGAUAUCGAGGUCGAACAGGGGGUCAAUAUCGCUCGCGCCGCAGCCGGAACUGCCGGUCUCCAGCACUUCCUCUGGAGCACUCUCCCUCACGCGGGCGAGCUGACUAAGGGAAAGUUCAUCGUACCUCAUUUUGAAGCCAAGAAUCGCGUCGAUGAUUUCAUCAAAACAGAUAAGAAAAUUUUAGCAAAGACUACGUUCUUGUGGUUUGGAUUCUACGCUGAGAAUCUCUUCUAUCCGAUUUUCACUCCUACAUACGUGAAAAGUGCUGGGAAGUAUAUCCAGCUGUCUACUGCUGAUCCAUCGACGCCCAUCUGGUCCCUUGGUGACCACCGGACUAACGUUGGUAUCUUCAUACGCGCAAUCGUCAAGAACCCGCCAAAUACCGGUGGUACCUUCAUCCGGUGCUUUGCGGAGCUACAUCCUUCUCUGGAUGACUAUCUCGCUGCGUGGGGUCGUGCGAGUGGCUUGGCUCCGUCACCUGGUUCCACUAUGGUCGUGAAGAUCUCCCUUGACGAGUAUAGUAAGUUGUGGCCUGGCUGGGGAGAAGAGAUGGGGCUGAUGAUGGACUUGUGGGGUGUUCUCAAAUAUAACAGCUGGGGAGGUCUUCCUGGUGACAAUGUUCGAAACAUUGAUGAAUUCCUGUCUGCAGAAGACAAGAAGAAGGUUAUCAAAACGGAGGCCGCUUUCAAGGCUUUGGAUUGGAAACCGGUAAUUUAG